GCGGUGAGUGUGGCGCCCACUGCAUCCCGAGCGGCCCGCGGUCUUUUAUCCCCUGCGCCCACAGAUCCUGUUCUUGGCCCGAUCUUUACCUCCUCUGUCCACACCAAUGCGAGGGCGUGAGUGCGAGCCCCGUGUUUCUCCCAGGGCCAGUGACACUGCUGUGGGAAGCUGUGGUCCAAGUUUGGGAUGGCAGAGACUGAAGACCUCACUCAGCUCCGGCAGCUCAACCUGGCACUCUUGAGGCAGCUGUGGGCUGGGCAGGAUGCUGUGCGGCGGUUGGUGAUCAAGGCAGCUUCAGAGUCAAGCCUAGACUCCAGCCACAGCUACAGUUCGGCAACACCAUUGUCCCCAAAGACUUCCUCUGCGUCCUCUAGUGCCUCCUGCUCACAGGACAGAAGCCUUGUGUGUGACCCACCGGAUGGUCAUCGAGGAGACACCUGUGAUACAGCCCGUCUUGGUGGGGCCAGCUCCAGGGUGACCUCUCUCUCACCUGCCACGUGCCAGCACCCAGAGUCUCUGGGUGGAGUGAGGCCCCACUCAGCACCGUUGCCAGUCACUGGAGGUCUGAAGGAGUUUUCCACAGGACUGGAACAUCCAGGAGUCUGCAAGACACAAGUCCCAAGGUCCAUCCUGGGACGACAAAGCAAGCCAUCUAAGCUCAAGGUGACCUUCUGUCAGGAGUCCGCAGUGCCUGAGAGCAGCUGGCGCUUCCGGCCGUUUCUGGGCUAUGACUGGAUUGCAGGGUCUCUGGACAGCAGCUCUUUGGUUAGCAGUGAGUCCGAGGCCUUCUUCUCCACCCUGCAGAAGUUCCGGGACUGUAACAAGGAAGACUGUUUUUGUGAUUCUCCCAAAGUUGGGUUCCCGAGACUGCACGAGAGUGACGACAUCGAGGAGGACCAUGAGUGCGUAUACUGUUACCGUGUGAACCGGCGCCUGUUUCCUGAACCAGCAGAUCCUGGUGCUCCCUGUCGCCUGUGUGGGAUACCCAGAGACCAGCGGAAUCCUGAGACCCUGGCAGAGCCUGCCCAGGUCAGGGUGAGCAUCCCGCUCUGCCUCCUGGACCCCCCACACCAGUACCGCGUCCACCGGCGCAAGAGCUUUGAUGCCUCUGACACGCUGGCUCUGCCGCGGCACUGUUUGCUAGGCUGGGACAUCCUGCCUCCAAAGUCUGAGAAAGGCUCUGCCCUCAAGAGCCUGGAUCUCUGGUCCUCUGUCUCCUCUGGGGUCCAGCAUCAGCAGCUGCUCGGCCCAAGGUCGUCGUCCUGCCUGAAAGAUGACCUUGACUCCAAGGGGUAGGAGGAGCUGAGACCAGAGCAGGACACCACUUGUCCCCUGGUGACACCUGCCCCCACCAACACUUCUUCAUUCACCUUCCAGGCCAUGCUGUCACGGGUCCCGCCACCCACUCCUAUCUGGUCAGAGCCUCAGGUCCCUCGACUCCGCAUCCCCCAGCAGAAGCCCUGAGGCCUGACCACCCAGAGGAGGACAGUGUUCCUGCUAGCGUUGCCCAGUUGGAGGUGGCUCUGCCUGCCUUUCUGUGUGAAGCAGGUGGGAGGGUCCCGGCCUGGUCUGUCUACUCUUGGUGUCUGGAAGUGGGCAUGACCAGGUGGAGGGGAAAGGCGACACUGUGACUAGUUUGUAAAUAAAGCUCAGGUUUCUGUA